AUGAUUAAUCGAACAAUUUAAUUUGUGAAAGAAACUUUAUGUCAUGCUGAAAGUGGUCAUGAUUACUUUCAUAUUGAAAGAGUUAUGAAGAUGGCCACACGUAUAGCAAAUGAAGAGAGUAAGAUCAAAAAUGUUAAUAUGAAUUUGGUUUAAUUGGGAGCUUUAUUACAUGAUAUUGCAGAUCAUAAAUUCCAUGGAGGAGAUGAUACUAUUGGACCUAAAGUAGCAAGAUAAUUCUUAGAAAAAGAUGGAGAAGCUAAUGAAGAAUUAAUUAAAUAAGUAGAAGAUAUCAUUAAAGAAAUAUCCUUCAAAGGCGCCAAAGUGAAAGAUCAGAUGUCAACCUUUGAAGGACAAAUAGUUUAGGAUGCUGAUAGAUUAGAUGCUAUUGGAGCGAUUGGUAUAGCCAGAUGUUUCACUUAUGGUGGAUACAAAAAUAGAUAAUUAUUUAAUCCAGAUUAGAAACCUGAAUUUCAUGAAAACUUCUAAGAUUACAAAAAAAAUGAAUCAACUACUAUUAAUCAUUUUUAUGAAAAACUAUUAUUAUUAAAAGAUAGAAUGAACACAGAAACUGGUAAAAAAAUUGCUGAAAAAAGACAUUAAAUUAUGGUGAAUUAUUUAGAUCAAUUUUUAUAAGAAUGGGAGGGAAUUGAUUGA